AUGUUGACACUCCUGCAUGCUCCUACAACACCUCUUCUCUUCACUUCACGAACGAUUCCCCAACUAAUGUCUUAUCCUGAAUACGUCGACGGCAAGCCCCCAGUGAUCACUCUCAAAGAGUACGAUAAUGCUCCAUGGGCAGGUACGACCUGUGUGGACAGAAGAGGCGGCGAGUUCGUCAUUGUCAUUAUGGAGAAGCCAGAGACUGUGGUUGCAAGAGUUGAUCCUAAGGAUAACGAAACUUUGGACACCAUAUUCAAGAGCGCCCAUCAGGACUUUUCUACCCAGCUCGAAAACAAAGACGUCAAGCGCAAAUAA